AUGCGCCCCAGAACCCGUGACGCUUUCACAAUAGCGAUAAUUUGCGCUCUUCCGCUCGAGGCCGAUGCCGUCGAAGCGCUUUUCGACGAAACAUAUGACCGACUCUGCAAGUACUAUGGAAAGCAGCAGGGAGAUGCAAAUUGGUACGUUAACGGACGAGUUGGCAAGCACAAUGUCGUGCUCUGCUAUAUGCCCGGAAUGGGCAAAAUUAGCGCAGCGAGUGUCGCCUCGAGCCUGAAAAUAAGCUACAUGAGCGUUCAACUUGCUCUGGUGGUUGGUAUAUGCGGAGGCGCUCCGAAAACUUCGAAGAGCCAGGAUAUCUUUCUCGGUGACGUUGUCGUCAGUGACAGUCUCGUUACAUACGAAUUCGGUGGAGAGCACUCGGUCCAUGACAGGCCUGGAAGGCCCAAUCGCGAGAUUCGAACCCUACUUGGUCGCUUGGGAACACCCUCUGCUCGGGCUGGUUUUCAGUCCCAGUUGUUACAAUAUAUUGAGGUUCUCAACCACACCGACAAAAGGUGGAACCACCCUGGCAUUGAAGAUGUCCUUUUUGAAAGUUCUCAUCUUCACAAACAUCGCGAGCAUGGCCCUGAUCUAGAUUGCUGCUGCUUGAAAGGUAGCUCGCUAGAUGAAAUCUGCGAAGAUGCCUUGGAAAGUGAUUGUAAUUCUCUCGGCUGUGGCAAGGGCACUGUAAUGCGUAUUCGCAACCCUUCUGAAGCGAACAAGGUUUCUAUUCAUGUUGGGCCAGUCGCCUCCGCCAAUACAGUAAUGAAGUCUGGCAAGCACCGUGAUAAUAUCAUCAAAAGAGACAAGGUCAUUGGCUUCGAGAUGGAGGGAGCAGGGGUGUGGGAAUGUCUGCCAUCGCUCAUAAUCAAAGGUGUGUGUGAUUAUGCGGAUAGCCACAAGAACAAGUUAUGGCAAGCCUACGCUGCAGCGACUGCCGCCUCCACCGCAAAGGCUUUCUUAGAACACUGGACGCCUCAUUCGCAAAAAAGUGAUAAUACUCACCACUUCAUGGUCCCGUUUACACGAAAACCAUGCUUUUUGGGCCGCACAGAUGAGGUCGAACAUUUAUGGAGCUUACUUACAGCAUCGGAAGGACCAAGGCGACUCGCUAUUACUGGAUUAGGAGGCAUCAGUAAGACGCAAUUAGCGCUGGAGCUGGCCUAUCUUAUGCACGAAUAUGAUGCUGAAUGCUCAGUAUUCUGGAUACCAAGCACCAGUGACGAAGCUAUCGAGCAAGCUUGUAUAGCCAUUGCGCAACAGCUGGGGAUCCAGUAUACCAAGCCAGAUGAGGUGAAGGAACGACUCAAAGAAUACCUAUGCCAGGCGAGCGAGGAGUGGGUAUUGAUCUUCGAUGGCGCCGAUGACAUGGAUAUGUGGAUGAACGGCAACGGUACAACUGCGCCUCUCAGGGAUUUCCUUCCCUCCAAUAGACGCGGCCGCAUCAUCUACACUACUCGCAAUCGCAAAUUGGCCGUGAAGCUUACAUCGCGUGAUGUGAUACAUGUACGCGAGCUUGACGAACGGGCGGACGUGGAACUUCUGGAAAAGUCCUUGAUCCAACAAAAUCUAGUUGAAGAUAAAGAUGCCGCGACCUAUCUCGUCAAACAGUUAGCCUUCCUUCCACAGGCUAUUACACAAGCCGCCGCGUAUAUGAACGAAAAUGAGAUAGGAGUAUAUGACUAUCUGAUGCUUCUCCAUGAGCAGGAAGAAGACGUUGUGGAGCUUCUGAGUGAAGAUUUGCAGGCCGAUGGGCGCUACGAGACUUCCGUCAAUCCAAUAGUCCUGACUUGGUUUGCCUCGUUUCGUCAAAUCGAGAGGCUCGAUCCGCUUGCUUCCGAGUACCUCUCUCUAUUGGCCUGUCUCGGCCAGCAAAGUAUACCGGAAUCGUUUCUUCCACGACCAAUGUCGAGAAGAAAGAUGGUUGAAGCCCUUGGGCUUCUAAAAGCCUAUUCAUUCAUUACUAUCCGACCAAGUGAUAAGUGCAUAAACAUGCAUCGUCUGGUGCAUCUAGCAGCUCGGCAGUGGUUGAGGGGUCAGGACCGCAUGGAACUUUACACGCACAAGGCAGCAGAGCGGCUGGGUGAGGUUCUGAAUGAUGACGAUAUCAACGAGAAACAUCGGAGACUAUACGUACAACAUGCUGAAUUCCUACUCCAUGAACUUCAUGUUAUGGCAGUCCACGCGCAGUGGAACAUACGUGUCAGCUCGGGUGGUGAUAAGAGUGGAGCAGAGGAAGAGGGACUGCUUUUGCAGGGGACGAAUACAUUGUCCCAUAGCCUGGAGCCAUGA